UAUUAAAUUAAAUAAAUAUAUAAAUAAAAAUAAAUAAAUAAUAAUAUUUUUUAUUUAUACUAAUAAUAUAAUAAAUUGAUUAGUAGGAGACGAACUUUAUGACAACAGAAGUAUACGCUUUAGGUCAACAUAUAUCUAUGUCUGCUCACAAAGCGCGAAGAGUUAUUGAUCAAAUUCGUGGGCGUUCCUACGAAGAAACACUUAUGAUAUUAGAACUCAUGCCUUAUCGAGCAUGUUAUCCCAUUUUUAAAUUAGUUUAUUCUGCAGCAGCAAAUGCGAGUAUCAAGAUGGGUUCGAAUGAAGCAAAUUUAGUCAUUAGUAAAGCUGAAGUAAAUCAAGGUACUAUCGUGAAGAGAUUAAAACCUCGAGCUCGAGGGCGUAGUUUUGCGAUACAAAAACCUACCUGCCAUAUAACUAUUGUAGUGAAAGAUAUAUCCUUAGGUGGAUAUAUAGAUACCGACUCUAUUACAUGGUCACAAAAACCUAAACGGAAAAAAAAGGAUACAACUAUGUCGUAUUAUGAUAUGUAUAGUAAUGGGGGAACAUGGGACAAAAAAUAAAUCCAAUUGGUUUUAGACUUGGUACAAGCCAAGGUCAUCAUUCCCUUUGGUUCGCACAACCAAAAAAUUAUUCUGAGGGUCUGCAAGAAGAUCAAAAAAUAAGAAAUUAUAUCAAGAAUUAUGUACAAAAAAAUACGAAAACGUCUUCUGGCGUCGAGGGAAUUGCGCGUAUAGAAAUUCAAAAAAGAAUCGACCUGAUCCAAAUAAUAAUCUAUAUGGGAUUUCCAAAAAUAUUAAUAGAAAGUCGACCCCGAGGAAUCGAAGAAUUACAGAUGAAUUUACAAAAAGAAUUUAAUUCUGUAAAUAGAAAACUUAACAUUGCUAUCGCACGAAUUGAAAAGCCUUAUGGAAACCCUAAUAUUCUUGCAGAAUUUAUAGCCGGCCAAUUAAAAAAUAGAGUUUCUUUUCGCAAAGCAAUGAAAAAGGCUAUAGAAUUAACUGAACAAGCAGAUACAAAAGGAAUUCAAGUGCAAAUUGCAGGACGUAUCGACGGAAAAGAAAUUGCGCGUGUUGAAUGGAUCAGAGAAGGUAGGGUUCCACUACAAACCAUUCGAGCUAAAAUUGAUUAUUGUUCCUAUACAGUUCGAACAAUCUAUGGGGUAUUAGGCAUCAAAAUUUGGAUAUUUAUCGAGGGGGAAUAAUAAACCUUAUUUCCCUUUUUAUUCUAUCCAGCAAUGGAACCCAGCAAUGGAACAAAAGAAAUUAGUUCUUCUUUUCUGUUCAAUAAAAAAAAUGAACAAUUAUAAAUUAUAAUUCUAUAGGGUUUAAUAAAAAUUAAAUUAAUCUUUUUAUAAAAUUGCUAUGCUUAGUGUGUGACUCGUUGGUUUUUUGAGGGUUAGUAUAAAAACCGGCCCCAUAGUAUAAACAAAUAACUAUAUAAUAACCAACUCAUCACUUCGUAUUAUCUGGAUCCAAAGAACCAGUCAAGAUAUGAUAUAUUGUUCAUAUUGUUGUAGCAACUGAAAUAUUUUUUAUUAUUUAUUAAAAAAUCUGCUUCUAAAUUGUUAAUAAUAAAAAAAAGAAAGGGUAUGGAUAAAUGGAAGGAUGAGAGGAAGAAAGAAAAUAUUGAUGAUAUAUAAUUCCAAUAUGUAAGGUCUAUGAGUCAGCUCAUAAAAAAUCUGUGUAAUAAAGCAUCAAUACGGAUUCAUCAUUAAAUGGAUCUGCUCAUCGAACAAAAAAUAAAGAGCUUCGAGCCAAUAAAGACUAAGAAUAUUGACUCAAGAACUAAUAGCUCCAUUGUAGAAUUCAGACCUAACCAUUAAAUAAGAAGCGAUGGGAACGACGGAACCUGUGAAUUCAAAAGAUUCUAUGAAAAUGAAUUUGAAUGAUUCAUUGAUCGGGAUGGCGGAACCGACCAGAGACCAAUUCAUCUAUUCGGAAAAGUUAUGAACGAAUGAUAGAACUGAAAUAGAAAUGGAAAGAGUAAAUAUUCGCCCGCGAAAACUUUAUUUUCUUGGAUUGCUAAAUUUGGGUCAAUCCAAUAAAGAGUAAAACAAAAAAAAGAUUCCUUUUAACAUUCUUAUAUCGAUAAAUAGAAGAAAAAAGAGUUUAUUUAUUAAUAU